AUGUCCACACUGGUCCCUCCAUUAACGCAAGGAUGUGAGUUAAAUCACAAUGCAAUACAUUGGCAGCUUCAGACAAGACUGGUACCUGGCGUAGUGUCUUUAGAGGCUGUUAGGAGAGGGGGAGACAUGCGAAUUCAGAGAGAUGGGGUGAUACCUGGAGUGAGCGACAGAGAGGGGGAGAUAAACAGAGAGGGAUGCGACAAGAGAAGGAAAAGGACAUUACAUAGACAGGAAGAGAAAGGAAUAUUAUUGGAGGAUCCAUCACAAAAGGAUCUGGAUAUAAUUGAGCUGGCGUUCAACCACAUAAACAAUGAUGACACUAUUCUUCCAAAUACAAGACUAGAACCGAGGCGGGGUCGGGUACCGGCCUCGGAUCCAUUUUCUGCUGUAAUAACAGUUUGUGACAUUUUGUUUCCCGAGAACAUCACAGCCGUAUUGUCUUCCACUUCAUGCGAGACUAGCCUCGCAGUACAGUCGUUAGUAGAGACAUUUCAAAUUCCUCAUGUAGAGGUCCCGCGAGAGAAAUGCGCCGUUGAGCGCCAGAAUGGGUUUAGUGUUAGCAUACGUCCCGAUUACUCGCAUAUUAGUCGUGCAACGUUGGAUUUGAUGUUACGACUCGGAUGGAAACAAGUUAGUAUUUUCUACGACUCAGACACAGCGUACAAGAAUGUUGAAGAUUUAUUACUUCUGUCGGCGGCACUGACUCAAACUUACCCUCCUCACUUCCGGUUGUUCCGUCUCAAGAAGAACGUAGCCACUGGCAAGCUUGAUUUUGUCCACCCACUUCAUACUGUCAAAGAUUCCAAGACCUUUAACAUGGUAGCAUACUGCAGUACCAUGAAUAAUAUCAAGUUAAUCAGAGAGGCUGCCACGUUUGGGAUGACCACUGGAGAAUAUCAUUGGAUAGUUGCAUCACACGAAUGGAGUAAUGCAUUCGGUCAGCCCCUUGCAGAGAGGUUCAUUCGAUAUAAUGAGGAACCCCUUGACGAGUUCAAGUUCUUCAACGGUUCCAGGGGUAUCUUGACCCUACUAAAACAGAGAGUAAAAAUUGAUCCGACUCGGGAAGAUUUCUAUCAAGCUUGGUUGACCCUUGACCCGGAACUUGAAGCGCAGCUUGAAGAAAACGCAACAGAAAUUAUGCCAGAUUAUCUACAGCCCAUCGAGUAUCACAAUGCCUACCUAUACGAUGCGGUGCGGGCUCUGGCUGUUUCCAUCUCAGAUGUGGUCAGCAGAGGACGGUUUGUUGAGCCCGAAAUCUAUCGUUGCAAUGAAAACCCUCAUCGAAAUACAAGAGGCUCCAACCGGCUUAAGAAGGCACUGAAUAAGGUUGAAACGGAAGGCAUGAUGGGAAUGAUUCAGUUUAAUCGAACAGGUUACAACGAAGAGGUCGCUAUUGAUAUCAUCAGCGUGGAAGGAAGAAACAACGAUACGAAGGCGUGGCAGAUUGGAUCGUGGGAUUACGAGUCGAAACUCACCCUGGAUCAGUUCCCGUUCAUCAGAAGAUAUGAUGAGUUCCACAACAAAACAUUCAACAUCGUAACUAUUGAGGAAGCACCAUUUGUAACGCUAGAGGAAACUGUCAACGGGCCUAAGUACACAGGCUUCUGCAUCGAUAUGUUAGAAAAGAUUGCUGAGAAGCAGAACUUCAAAUACAAUCUAUACCUGGUAGCUGAUAACAAAUAUGGCGGACGAAACGAAGAUGGACGAUGGAACGGAUUGGUAGGGGACGUAUACUACGGGAAAGCAGAUAUGGCGGUUGCUGGGAUGGUAAUUAAUUCUGAUCGUGAAAACGUCGUUGAUUUUACAAAGCCUUACAUGAAUUACGGCGUCGGAAUAUUAUUAAGAAAGCCUCAGAAGAAAUCAAAUGUCUUUGCUUUUCUGGAACCACUUGAUAUAAAGGUGUGGGGUUGUGUCCUGGCGUCUCUGUUCGUGGUCGGAUUCCUCAUUUUCAUCUUAGAUCGCCUUAGCCCUUACAGUGCGUAUGGGAAGGGUGGUCCCGAGUGCGAUGAAGCAGAUGACUUCAACCUUCUUAACAGUCUCUGGUUCGCCUUCGCUUCAUGUCUUCAGCAAGGAGGUGACAAUACCCCAGUGUCAGUAUCGGGUAGAAUGUUGAGUGCAUUCUGGUGGUUUUUCGCCCUUAUAAUCAUCGCCACCUACACGGCGAACCUUGCCGCCUUCUUGACCGUCACCCGGAUGGAGAACCCUAUCAACUCCCUGGAGGAUUUAGCUAAUCAGAACAAGAUCGUCUACGGCACCAUCGAGAACAGUAGCCUUCACAGGUUCUUUGAGAAGAGGAAAAACCAAGUCACCUACGAGCGGAUGUGGGACUUCAUGUCAUCGAGUUCUGUGAGUCCUUGGGUGCCUUCGGACAAGGCAGGUUACCAACGGGUCAAGAACGAGGACUAUGCCUUCUUUUGGGACGCACCGAUCUUAGACUACAUAAAGCAGACAGAGUGUGACCUCAUGACUGUGGGGAAACCGUUCAACCUCAAGGGAUAUGGCAUUGCCACGCCGCAGGGGGCGGCCUACAGGGAUAACCUUUCCGUUGCUAUCCUCAAGCUCCAGGAAGAAGGUAUCCUCGAAGGAAUCCGCAAGAAGUGGUUCGAAAGGGAAUCAAUCUGCCCUGAAGAAAUUGUCAACAAUAACCCCAACACCAAGGCCUCGGCCAUCGGCCUCUCCAAGAUAGCAGGAGCCUUCUACGUCCUCAUCAUCGGCGCUGUUCUCUCGUUCAUCGCUGUCAUCGUCGAGCACAUGUGGCAUCGGCCGCCGUCGUUCUACAAGCGGAAGCGACAGAUGGAGGCGCGCAAAGCCAAAGAAAAGGAUUGGAGUGAAAAACUUCCAUCAUCAAGAAAUAAUGGUUCAGCUAUGCAGGAAAACAAUAGCAAGCAUAUGGUUGUACAAGAGAGUGAGAGUAUGGUGUUACAACCUCUAAGACCAACACCAUGGAGCACGACAGAAAGUUCGUGCUAACACAGAUCUUCGACUAUACUGCACAAAAUAAUACCUACGACCGUACAUCUCGACAAAUCAAACAUUUCCAAUGAAUUUACAUUGGACAAGAUUUUUAUAAAUGCGAGUAUUGCAAUGAAAGCCAAAUGGUGAUUAUUUUAGUGGAAUAUUUCCAAGAAGCCAUUUUGUUGGAACAUGUCAAUGAUUGUGUGGGGUUGUUCGAAUUGGAAGGAGCUCGAACUCAAAUAUGAAGGGUUCCUUGAGUUGAAGGCUACGGUCAUGACAGUCGGCCAUAUUUUUCUAUAGAUUCUUGAAGCGUCAGUAUCGUGAAACAGCGAAUGAGUUCAUCAUAGAAAGCUGGACGUCUUCUAACCAAACACUUUACCUUCUAUCACCAGCGAUCUUGGUUGACAAUCUGAAUACGGUUCCCGAUCGUCAUCGCCAGCAUCAUUUCACAUGAUGGUGUUUUCUACGUUGGAAGUUACGAUGCAUGGGUGACACUAUAUUAUAUUUCAAUUUUUAUCGCAUAUGAAUUCCUUGCACUCGAUGUGUAGAGCAUUGAUGGAAUCAACUUUUCUGCAGUCUUCAUAGAUGCGUGAAAUGGGGAAGGUCGAGAAGGAUAUCUAUCCACGAAUCUGAACGCAUUCUCGAAGCUCAGAAGCGGCACAAAGUCAGCAUGUGGAAUAUUUUUGUCUCUUGAAAUUUUAGAACACCUUGUCUUCAGCUGAUCAUGCAGUGUUAUUUAAAAUGGAGAAAUCAUCAUUGCAGAUAUUUGAAUUCUUACUCAAAAGUUAAAGGUGAACCAUAUUGGCAUUGACGCUGGUAUCACGAUUGUAAACCUCUAAAUGCUAUUAAAGGAUUUAUUAAAGGAUGAUGCUUUUUCUUUUUCGUAUUAUUACCGAUUAAAAGCAGUCGUAUAUAUCAAUGAAUUGUAUAACCAACACAAAUAUGAUGCAAUAUAUAUAUGCGUUGUAAAUUGUUUCCUUUUUAUCAGAAUAUGAAUAGUUUUGUAUUGCUAAUAUUUAUCAGAUCUAUACUGUAACGUGCGUCUGAUUCUGUUCUCUUUUACGCGGCCGGUGUGGAAUGAUUGCCAAAUGAUAUACCCUUUCAAAUUCUGUAUACAUGGCUUGUCUUAAUGUAUGAUAAAACUUGUCUUUGUAUCAUGUGAUAUCUAUGUCUUUCCUUUGUAUUUCAUUUAUGAUUAUGAUAGAUCAAUUGAGGCAUUUGAACACGGUAUGAAGGGAUGUUCACGUCGAAUUUCAUUAUGGAGCGUGGUAUGGAUUUGAGGCUUAUAGUCACACCUGCGAAACGGACUCCAGCUGCAGGGGCCCGUUUCAUGAAACUUGUUGUAAUGACAAUUCGCUAUAACAGUUUAAAGCUAUUGAAAUCCUUCAAUCCGAUUGGUUAAUAGUAGAUUUAUUAAUAGAAAUUGAGCAUUUUGUUAUAACAAGGCUUCAUGAAACUGGGCCCUGAUCGAACAACGGUUUACUUUGAUACCAUUGGCAUACCUUCGAUUGGUUUGGAGUCCAUUUCGAAGGUGUAACUGCAGCACAAGUCCAUCAAAAGAUAGUCCUAUCCCAUAGGCAAAUCCCAUUGUAAACAUGUUAAAAAUCUGUAUAGGUCCAUUUUAUGGAAGACCAUUACUCAUUGUAAUUACAAAAAUGUAGAAAUGUGCUGCCAAAAUCAAUGUUAAACAAAAUACACAGCAGAAGAUAUUUGAUUUAUUUUGGUAAUUCACAAUUAUUUGGAAUUAUAAGUAGAGAGACGUUUUCUAAACUCCGGUAUUGAAGUAUUUUGCAUGCAUUUUAAGAAGCAUAAGGUAUAACACGUAAACAAAGGUUCUUUAAAAAGAAAACAAAAAACAUGC